AUGGCCUCACCCCAGCCGCCCCAGAACACCGCCCCCGAGCAGCCCGAACCCGCCGCCGCCGGCCCUGCUCCCGACCUUGUCAUCGAGGCCGACUCGCACAGUGAGACGGAUUCUGCAUUGGGAGACGAUGCCGAGAGCUACACCACCUCUCUGAGGUCCAGCAUCUUCAACUACACCUUCGAGAACGGCCGCCGCUACCAUGCCUAUGGCGAGAAGUACUUCCUGCCCAAUGACGAAGCCGAGAUGGACCGCCUGGACCUGUUCCACCACAUCCUUACCCUGAGAUGUGGCGGAGAGCUGCAUUUGGCCCCCAUCGCCGAGAACCCCCAGAGGAUCCUCGACAUCGGCACCGGCACCGGCAUAUGGGCCAUUGAGAUGGCCGACGAGUACCCUUCAGCCGACGUCCUGGGCACUGACCUGUCGCCCAUCCAGCCUGCCAUGCUUCCGCCCAACUGCAAGUUCGAGAUCGACGACUGUGAGCAGGACUGGCUCUACAGCACCAAGUUCGACUACAUCCAUGCCCGCUACCUCGCCGGCACCAUCAAGGACUGGCCGAGGCUCGUCCAGCAAGCAUACCAAUUCCUCAAGCCCGGAGGCUGGAUCGAACUCCAGGAUUUCACCAUGAAGUUCUACACCACCGGCGGCGAGUUCAAGCCGGGAUGUCCUUUGGACAAGUGGUGUGAUGGUGUCAUCCAAGGCGUCAAGGCAUGGGGCAGGGAGCCCGAGCCCGGCCCCCUGCUUGAAGGCUGGGUCAGAGAUGCUGGCUUCGUGAACGUUACCCACAAGCUGCUUCCCAUCCCCGUCGGCACCUGGCCCAAGGAUCGGAAGAUGAAGGAAGUCGGCGCCCUCGAUCUGGUGCAGUUCAGGGAGGGCCUGGAGAGCGCCGCUAUGCGCGUUUUUACCGCCCAGGGUUGGCAGCCCGAGGAGGUUCAGGUCUUCCUCGCCGAUGUCCGCAAAGAUUUGAGCAAUCCGAAGCUGCAGGCACAACAUAACUUCCAUGUUGUUUACGCCCAGAAGCCUCUCGAUGCGCAAUGA